CCUCUCGUGCCCCGCUGAUCUCUCCAGAGUCCCGCGGCUGGGGGUGUCGACUUUCCGCCACAGGCGGCCGGUGCUGCGCUAGGUCCUAGCCCUCCCCCCGGCCCCCACCCCCCGGCCCCUCCUUCCAUCGCUGUGGUCGGGUAGCGCCUGGCGGGCGGCCUGCGGGCGGGCCGUCCUCUCAGCCGUAGCCCACCCCCUCUUAAAGCCGCGGCGGGAAGAUGAGGUUUCGUGAGCCGUUCCUGGGCGGCAGCGCCGCGAUGCCGGGCGCGACCCUGCAGCGGGCCUGCCGCCUGCUCGUGGCGGUCUGCGCGCUGCACCUUGGCGUCACCCUGGUCUAUUACCUCUCCGGUCGCGAUCUGAGCCGCCUGCCCCAACUGGUCGGAGUCUCCUCUUCACUGCAAGGCGGCACGAACGGCGCCGCCGCCAGCAAGCAGCCCUCGGGAGAGCUCCGGCCCCGGGGCGCGCGGCCGCCGCCUCCUUUAGGCGUCUCCCCGAAGCCUCGCCCGGGUUCUGACUCCAGCCCUGAUGCGGCUUCUGGCCCCGGCCUGAAGAGCAACUUGACUUCGGUGCCAAUGCCCACCAGCACUGGAUUGUUGACUCUGCCUGCUUGCCCUGAGGAGUCCCCGCUGCUCGUUGGCCCCAUGGUGAUUGACUUUAAUAUUCCUGUGGAUCUGGAGCUUUUGGCAAAGAAGAACCCAGAGAUAAAGAUGGGCGGCCGUUACUUCCCCAAGGACUGUAUCUCCCCUCACAAGGUGGCCAUCAUUAUCCCAUUCCGUAACCGGCAGGAGCACCUCAAAUACUGGCUGUAUUAUUUGCAUCCAGUCCUUCAGCGCCAGCAACUCGACUAUGGCAUCUACGUCAUCAAUCAGGCUGGAGACACCAUGUUUAAUCGAGCUAAGCUGCUCAACGUUGGCUUUCAAGAGGCCUUGAAAGACUAUGACUACAACUGCUUUGUGUUCAGUGAUGUGGACCUCAUUCCAAUGGAUGACCAUAAUGCCUACAGGUGCUUUUCACAGCCACGGCAUAUUUCUGUCGCAAUGGACAAGUUCGGGUUUAGCCUGCCUUACGUUCAGUAUUUUGGAGGUGUCUCCGCUCUCAGUAAACAACAGUUCCUUACCAUCAAUGGAUUUCCUAAUAAUUACUGGGGCUGGGGAGGAGAAGAUGAUGACAUUUUUAACAGAUUAGUUCAUAAAGGCAUGUCUAUAUCACGCCCAAAUGCUGUGGUAGGCAGGUGUCGCAUGAUCCGGCACUCAAGAGACAAGAAAAAUGAGCCCAACCCUCAGAGGUUUGACCGGAUCGCACAUACAAAGGAAACGAUGCGCCUUGAUGGUUUGAACUCACUUACCUACCAGGUGUUGGACAUACAGAGAUACCCGUUAUAUACCAAAAUCACAGUGGACAUCGGGACACCAAGAUAGCAUUUUGGUACAAAUAAGAGACCCGAGGAUGGCCAGAGACCUCAGAUGUGUGUCUCUGCCAGUCGACUGGGCUGGUCCCUCUCAUUUGUUCAGUCUGAAUGAUAGUUCUCCUUCCUUACCAUUCAGACAUCUUUCCAGAUGCCCAGGGUGAAUGUCACGUUUACCCACAACCUGGCUCGGCACUGGGUGAAAUUCUACAAGGUGUUUAUCAGUGUAAAAACGGUCAGCCUUUGGAGAGGUUUCUUGGACACGUCACCCCCAAAGAGUCGGAACUGUGCCCAGCUCCAACCUUAGUGACUGUGGGUCAUAGUCCCAGUGCUGAAACUGCUGAAGUGUGACAUGGGUAAGAGCUUUGCUUUAGUCGGCGAUGUCCACACUUCAUGACCAAUGGAGGCUGCUGCUGGAUUCGGAUUCACAAGAUAUUCUUGCAUAUUUUUUUAUACAAAAAAUCAAAAUUUCAAUCAGUCUCGUGUUCUGUCCCUUUCCUAUGUCCUCUCACCGGUAUGCAACUAUUACAAUCACUGCGUGUGCGUCUUUUCUUAGCAAAAGAGUUUUAAAACUUGAGCCUGGAGCUUGGUGUCCUGUGAGUGUGGCUGCCGAGGCCUUGCCCUCAGAGCAGGGGCCGGGACACUCACUUCCGUGACCCGUCUCCAGAUCCCUGUCUGAUUUCUGAAUGUAAAGAGGUUUUUUGUGGUUGUUGUUUUGUUUUGUUUUUGUUUUUAGAAGCAGUUUGUAGUAUUUUAAAGAAUAAAUCAAGUUUUGAUUAUGCUAUAGGUUGAUUUUUGUGUUGAUCCAAAUUGGAAUAGCUAUUGAGUGUUUUAAGUCGUGACUUUAUUUUUCUGGGCAUGCUAUAUAAACUUGAAUUUCCUAUGUA